GUUCGCCGCAACGUGGUUUGUAAUCAUUUGUGACUGUAGUGACGCCAAGGGCACCGAGAAAGGUCUCAUUCCCCAGGCGAUAUUUCCAGUGUCCGGGCUCCUGCUCGGCCGGUGGCUUCACUGACCAGGUUGAAAUCUCUAACCCACCUCAACCUAGGACUGUAAGUGAAAAAUGGCAGACGAACUUUCUUCAUUGAUCGUCGAUAACGGGUCGGGAUUGUGCAAAGCUGGCUUCUCUGGGGAAGAUGCCCCGAAGGUCGUAUUUCCAACUCUCGUUGGCAGAUCCGCACCACAAGGUGCCUUGGAUGGAAGUACGGAGCAGAGUGAUACCUAUGUGGGGCGCGAGGCCCAGAACAAGAGAGAAAUCCAGAACCUGAAAUAUCCCAUGGAACACGGCGUCGUCAUCGACUGGGAUGAUAUGCAAAAGAUUUGGCACCAUGCCUUCAACGAGUUGAGUGCAUCCCCAAAAGAACAUCCGGUGCUGCUCACAGAGGCUCCACUCAAUCCGAGAGCAAACAGGGAGAAGAUGGCCCAAAUCGUGUUUGAGACCUUCAAGAGCCACUCCAUUUAUGUGGCCAUCCCAGGAGUUCUAUCUCUCUUUGCAUGUGGCAGAACGAUCGGCAUCGCAUUGGAUUCAGGCGAUGGUGUGUCUCACACUGUGCCUAUCUAUGAAGGCUAUGUCGUUCCCGAUGGCAUACAGCGGUUGGACCUGGCCGGCCGAGACCUCACUAAUUACUUGAUGAAGAUCCUCACAGAGAAGAGGCAUCCUUUUACAACUGCAGCUGAGAGAGAAAUCGUGAGGGACAUCAAAGAGAAGCUGUGCUAUGUUGCCCUCGACUACGAGCAGGAAAUGGCAACAGCUGCCAGUAACAGCAGUCUGGAAAAGUCUUAUGAGCUGCCUGACGGUCAGGUGAUUACGAUCGGGAACGAGUGCUUUCGUUGUCCCGAAGCUCUCUUCCAGCCCUCGUUAUUGGGCAUGAAAUCCCAUGGCAUUCAUGAAACCAUCUACAACUCCAUCAAGAGGUGCGAUGUCGACAUCAGGAAGGAUCUCUAUGCAAACACAGUGCUCAUUGGAGGGAGCACCAUGUUUCCAGGAAUUGCAGAUCGUAUGGAGAAGGAGAUAGCAUCCUUGGCUCCAUCUACCAUAAAAAUUAAAAUCAUUGCUCCACCAGAGAGGAAGUAUUCAGUUUGGAUUGGAGGGUCCAUUAUGGCAUCUCUUUCCACAUUUCAGCAGAUGUGGAUCUCCAAGAAAGAAUACGAUGAAUCUGGGCCAUCCAUUGUCCACCGCAAGUGUUUGUAG